AUGUCCCGAAGAAAGGUGGAACUCACAUUCAUAGCCAAUAAUUCAGAUAGGAAGGCAUCAUAUACCAAAAGGAAGAAGUCACUGCUGAAGAAGACGGAGGAAAUAAGCACCCUAUGUGGUGUUGAAGCAUGCGCUAUAAUUUAUGGUCCUUAUGGUCCUGAGCCAGAUGUUUGGACAUCCAAAUCGGGUGUUCAAAAUUUGGUGGAAGAGUUCAGGAAUACAUGUGAGCAUAACAGGAAGAUGGCGACCCAAGAGAGUUUCCUUUCAGAAAGAAUCGCCAAGGGUAGAGAGAAGAUAAAGAAACAUGUGAGGAGCAACAAAGAGAAGGAGAUUACCAUGCUCAUGUUUCAGUGCCUAAAGAAUGGGAGGGUUGAGCCUGAGAAUAACAUGAGUUCAGAUGAUUUGAAUGCUCUGUCAUCAGCGAUUGAAAACAAGCUGAGGGACAUUAAUAAAAGGAUGGAGACUUUGAAUGUCACUGAGAUCACACCAAACCAACCCCAGAUGGAACCACCAGCACUACCAGUAGCAGCACCUGAGGAGAUCACACCGCCAAAUCAUGGUGAUGGGACAGAUAUGAAUGCUGAUGACCCCUUGCAAAGCCAGUGGUUCAUGGAAUUGCUCAAUGAUAAUGGUGAUGACGAGACCACAAAGACUUCAUUUGGAGAUCCUAAUCUCCCACCUCUAAUCUGA